UACGAAUGCUGUGAGUGUGGGAAAAGCUUCAAUCAUACCUCAGCCCUUAGUAGGCAUCAGCGAAUACACAGAGGAGAAAGACCCUAUGAAUGCUGUGAGUGCGGGAAAAGCUUCACUCAGAGAUAUACCCUUAACUCUCAUCAGAGAAUCCACACAGAAGAGCGACCCUACGAAUGCUGCAAGUGCAGGAAAAGCUUCACUCAGAGAUCAGCCCUUAUCUCUCAUCAGACAACUCACACGGGAGAGAAACCCUACGAAUGCCAUGAAUGUGGGAAAAGCUUCAAUCGGAGCUCUGCCCUUAUCAGACAUCAGAGAAUCCACACAGGAGAGACACCCUACACAUGCGCGGAGUGCGGGAAAAGCUUCAGUCUGCGCUCAAACCUUAUCAGACAUCAGAGAAUCCACACAGGGGAGACGCCCUACACGUGCUCUGAGUGUGGGAAAAGCUUCAGUCGGAGCUCAGACCUUAUCAGACAUCAGAGAAUCCACACAAGGGAGACGCCCUACACAUGCGCGGAGUGCGGGAAAAGCUUCAGUCAGAGCUCAGACCUUAUCACACAUCAGAGAAUCCACACAGGAGAGAAGCCCUACACAUGCGUGGAGUGCGGGAAAAGCUUCAGUCUGCGCUCAAACCUUAUCAGACAUCAGAGAAUCCACACAGGGGAGACGCCCUACACGUGCUCUGAGUGUGGGAAAAGCUUCAGUCGGAGCUCAGACCUUAUCAGACAUUGUAGAAUCCACACAGGAGAGACGCCCUACACAUGCGCGGAGUGCGGGAAAAGCUUCAGUCGGAGCUCACACCUUAUCAUACAUCAGAGAAUCCACACAGGAGAGAAGCCCUACACAUGCGCGGAGUGCGGGAAAAGCUUCAGUCGGAGCUCACACCUUAUCACACAUCAGAGAAUCCACACAGGGGAGACGCCCUACACGUGCUCUGAGUGUGGGAAAAGCUUCAGUCGGAGCUCAGACCUUAUCAGACAUUGUAGAAUCCACACAGGAGAGACACCCUACACAUGCGCUGCGUGUGGGAAAAGCUUUAGUCAGAGUUCAGACCUUAUCAGACAUAGGAAAAUGCACAUGGGUGAGAAACCUUAUGAAUGCACUGAGUGUGGGAAAAGCUUUAGUCAGAGCUCAGACCUUAUCACACAUCGAAGAAUCCACGCAGGAGAGAAGCCCUACACAUGCGCUGAGUGUGGGGAAAGCUUUAGUCAGAGCUCUUCUCUGAACGCACAUCGUAGAAUCCACACAGGAGAGAAGCCCUACACAUGCUCUGAGUGCGGGAAAAGCUUCAGUCACCGCUCAAACCUUAUCACACAUCAGAGAAUCCACACAGGAGAGACGCCCUACACGUGCACUGAGUGCGGGAAAAGCUUCAAUCAGUGCUCACACCUUAUCACACAUCAGAGAAUCCACACCGGGGAGACGCCCUACACGUGCACUGAGUGCGGGAAAAGCUUCAAUCAGCGCUCAAACCUUAUCACACAUCAGAGAAUCCACACAGGGGAGAAGCCCUACACAUGCUCUGAGAGCAGGAAAAGCUUCAAUCAGAGCUCAAACCUUAUCAAACGUAGGAAAAUCCACAUG